AAAUCGUCACUCACACCAGUCGAACUCUUCUAUAUCAGAAAUCCAUCAGCUUCAACCUUCUUCCUAUCAUCUUCUUUCCCGCAAAUCUCCUCUGAUUUUUCCUAUCCAUGGCGUCGUUUUCUCUUGCCUUCAAGCUCCCCUUACUUCGCUCCGACCAUCCGGACGGCUUCCUCGGAAGUCGGCCGUUUUCUGCUGCUGCGAAGGCAGUUUAUAGUGGUCCUUCUUCCAAGUUCUUCAAUUUGAACUGCGAGUUCAACUUUGAUUCUUUCACAUCUUACCGCAACGCGGGAUUCCCCGGGAGCAAUGUUCCAUGCGCCACCGCGGAGAUAGUGGAGGAUAGCGUGACAGAAAAGGGGGAAGAGAGUGGGGGGAGGGUUCUCAGAGUUGGACUGGUAUGCGGCGGUCCAUCUGCAGAGCGUGGGAUUUCUCUCAACUCUGUUAGAUCAGUUCUAGAUCACAUACAGGGAGAUGAUCUGCAAGUGAAUUGCUACUACAUUGACUGUGAUCUCAAUGCGUUUGCUAUAGCCCCUGCCCAGGUAUACUCAAACACACCAGCCGAUUUCGACUUUAAGCUUGAAAGCCUUGCCCAGCGUUUUCCGUCUCUUUCUGAAUUCGCAGAGCACCUUGCUGCAUCUGUUGACAUAGUAUUCCCAGUUAUUCAUGGUCAGUUUGGCGAAGAUGGUGGCAUACAGGAAUUGCUGGAGAAAUACAGUAUUCCUUUUGUUGGCACCGGAUCAAGUGAGUGUCGUCGUGCAUUCGACAAGUAUGAAGCCUCCUUGGAGCUCAGAAAACAAGGGUUUGUUACGGUACCAAACAUUUUAGUUCAGGGAAGUGAACCCAACGAAUCUGAAGUAGCUAAAUGGUUCAUAAGCAACCAGCUGGACACCAAAUCAGGGAAAGUAGUGGUGAAGCCAGUCAGAGCAGGAUCAAGCAUUGGUGUUACAGUUGCUUAUGGCGUUGCCGACGCAUUGAAGAAGGCAAAGGAUAUAAAAUUAGAGGGUAUUGAUGAGCAAGUCAUAGUAGAAAUAUUUCUCGAAGGAGGAAGUGAAUUCACUGCCAUUAUCCUUGAUGUGGGCUCCGGAACUGAUUGUCAACCUAUUGUUCAAAUCCCAUCUGAGGUACUAGUCUAUUCUUGUGUGGAGCUUCAUUUUAAUGAAGACGAUGCAAUCUUCAAUUACAGAAGGAAGUACCUUCCAACUCGACAGGUAGCUUAUCACACUCCCCCUCGUUUUCCCAUUGAGGUAACAAGAACUAUCCGUGAGGGAGCAUCUUGGCUUUUCAGACAACUUGGCCUUCGUGAUUUUGCUCGAAUUGAUGGCUGGUUUUUGCCAUCAUCCACAAACUCGUUCUUUGGCACAGCAGAUGGGAAGUUUGGGAGGUCUGAAUUGGGAACAGUAUUGUUUACAGACAUUAAUCUGAUUAGUGGAAUGGAGCAGACAAGCUUCUUAUUUCAGCAAGCUUCAAAGGUUGGAUUCUCUCAUUCGAACAUCCUGAGGAGCAUCGUUCACCGUGCGUGCUCAAGGUUUCCCAAUCUUGAAUCAUACGUUGAUAUUUCCAGUCAUUUGCCAAGAAGAUCAAAAUCCAAACUGCUCACCGAAGACUCAGGCCAAAACCAAGGCAUUCAUAAAGUUUUUGUCAUUUUUGGAGGAAAUUCAUCAGAGCGUCAAGUGUCUGUAAUAAGUGGAACAAACGUUUGGCUUAACUUGCAAGGCUUUGAUGAUCUUGAAGUUAUUCCUUGCCUGCUUGCACCCUCAGAUGGCCGGUCUUCUAAUGCUGGAUCACGGACAGUUUGGUCAUUGCCUUAUUCUCUUGUCCUGAGACACACUGUAGAGGAAGUUCUUGAUGCUUGCACCGAGGCAACUGACCCAUCUAGGGCUUCAUUAACAUCUCAGUUGCGCAAGCAAGUGAUGGAUGAUUUGAUGGAAGGACUUGAGAAGCACCGCUGGUUUAAUGGGUUUGAUAUUACUGAUGAAAAACCUGUAAAGUUCUCUCUUCAGGAUUGGAUUAAGCAUGCCAAAGAAGUGCAAGCAACGGUAUUCCUUACAGUUCACGGAGACAUUGGUGAAGAUGGUACACUUCAAUCCUUGCUGCAAGCAGAAGGAGUUCCAUAUACAUGUCCUGGGAUAUUGGCAUCAAAGAUUUGUAUGGAUAAAGUGGCUACAUCCUUGGCCGUUAGUCAUCUUUCCGAUUCUGGAGUUCUCACCAUAAACAAAGACGUGAGAACAAAAGAAGAAUUACUGAAGAUUCCCUCAUUGAAGAUUUGGAAUGAGCUGACCUCAAAGCUUCAGUGUGGAACAUUGUGUGUCAAACCAGCAAGAGAUGGAUGCUCAACUGGCGUGGCAAGAAUACGUUGUUCUGAGGACCUAGCAGUUUAUGUAGCAGCAUUGGAAGAAUGUCUCCCACGGAUUCCACCCAACAGUUUUUCAAAAGCACAUGGACCGAUUGAAAUGCCAAACCCUCCUCCAGAGAAGUUGAUCUUUGAGCCAUUUAUCGAGACGGAUGAAAUCAUCGUCUCUUCCAAGUCCGCAGACGGGCUAUUGUGGAAAGGAGAGAGCCGAUGGGUGGAAAUAACAGUUGGUGUAGUGGGGAAACGUGGUUGCAUGCAGUCACUUUCUCCGAGCAUUACUGUCAAGGAAGGUGGUGAUAUUUUAUCACUGGAAGAGAAAUUUCAGGGUGGAACCGGCAUUAAUCUUACUCCUCCACCACCAUCGAUCGUCAGUGAGGAGGCACUGGAGAAAUGUAAGCAGCGCAUUGAGCUGGUAGCAAAUACACUGGAGUUGGAGGGGUUUUCCAGAAUUGAUGCCUUUCUUAAUGUUGACAGUGGAGAGGUGUUGGUUAUAGAGGUGAACACUGUGCCUGGAAUGACUCCUUCCACUGUAUUGAUUCAUCAGGCAUUGGCAGAGCAGCCUCCGGUGUACCCUCAUCUGUUCUUCCGCAGGUUGCUCGAUUUGGCAUCUGAUAGAACCAUUUAGGCUCAUUCAAAUAGCUUCAUGCUGGACUUGGUUGGCCGACAGAUGGCAGAAGAGAAGGGACAUUCGUGCGUGCCUUCUGUAAGCCUAGUUUGGCGAUUUGUUGGAUGUUUGUUGUGUUUGGACCAUCGUGAUUUCCUGCAAUAAAGUGUUGUUCAUUUAUCAAAGCUUUCUUUUUUCCUUACCUCAUCAAGACGUGACUAUUUUGGAGUUGAUUUGA